UUUCGUCAAAGGAAACAAGUGAAUUACGCAGUGAAAUUGAUAGCCUGUUGUAGAAAUCCCUCGAGUGAUAAAAAAGAGUGGCCACCCUAACAAACAAGGGAAGCGUUAUGCUUUCCUUGUUGUCAAAAGCAUAAAUCCAGCAUAGCAUUUAUGUGUUGACAAAGAGAGAAAACAUUCUGUGAAAAGAUUCGUGAAAUUAGUUCUAAACAAACAAUUUCUAUAAAACAAAUUUAAUCAUGAAUUUGAAACAUUAAUCCAUCAUGACAUCGCGAACCCGGAAACUGGCCCGCCUAGCCGCUGGCCACCAGCGGCCUACCGAAAGUCCCUCCUCGCUGAUGUGUCGCGUGUGUGCGCGAAGCAAACCGGAAGCGCAGCUAAUGGGACUUUUUGACGAGUUCGUACAGGGCGAAAGCUUGGCCUUCGUACUGUCCCAGGUCGGUGCCGUGGAGAUUUACGAGCAAGACCAGAUUCCGAACCUGUGCUGCCAUCGAUGCCACCGGGAGGUGGAAUCAGCGUACAGGUUGCGGCUGCUGUGUCAGGACUCGGACCGGAAGUUGAGGGAGCUGUUUGCCGAGCGUGAGGAUAAAGUUGAGAUUAAGGUGGAAGCGGAGGAGUGUGCGGUGCAGGUUUCGGUUGACCCAAUGGGCGUUGAGUACAUCACGUGCAAGGCGGACGUUUUCGCGGUUGAGGGAGCGGAGGUGGACGAUUCUGGUGAGAAGGCUUUAUUGGAUCCAGUGCAAACUAAAGUUGAGAUUGAAGAUGCUUCGGGUGCAAAGGAAGAUGAGCCGUCUUCUUCUGAAGAAGGUUCGGACUCGGACCACAAUGACGACGAUCGCAACGACCUGGACGAAGAGGAUGAAGAUUCGGAACCACCGAGGAGAAAGAAAAAGACUGCGAUCGUUAAGAAGCCAACGAAGACGGAAUUCCCAGACGUAUUUGAAGAAAUCCCAGCCGUUUCGUUCAUAUGCUGCGGCUGCCGGAAUCGUUUCCCAACACAGGAAGAUCUGCAAACGCACAGUCAGGCGGUUCACGCGGUCAACAAGCUACCGGCUUCGAAGCUGAAGGGUCGCAAACAGUGUGAAAUCUGUUACAAAAAUCUACGCGAUUCAUACGCGUACGAACUGCACAAGCAAAUCGGGAAGGUCAACUAUCGCUGCAAAACUUGCGGAGACGUUUUCCCCAGUCGGAAGCGCGUCUGCACUCACCACGAGCGCAUUCACGGACCACAUCCGGUGGUAACGGGCUCGGUGCGGAUUUGUUGCGGAUGUGCCCAAAAGUUCGACACGCUGGAAGACCUGAAGAAACAUUCCGACGAGGCGCAUCUCCCGAAGAAGCUGCCACCGGACGAGAAGCGACCUUUCGUUUGUGAGAUUUGCUACCACAACUUCCCGACCGAGCUGCGACUGUACGCCCACCAGAUCCGGCUCAUCAAGGGAAGAAACGAGAAGAAGCAUCAGUGCGUACACUGCGGGAAGACCUUCAUCAGUGCGGGAGUCCUGCGUGAUCACGAAAUCUCCCACACCGGCGAAAAGGUUUUCCAGUGUACGGACUGUCCCAAAACGUACACCAACAAGGACGCCUACCGGAAGCACAUCUAUCGCCACGCGCAACCGCGAGAUCGCUACCGCUGCGAGGUCUGCGAUCGAACGUUCAAAACGAAGCAAAGUCUGUACGAGCACGGGUUGGCCCACACCGGCGAACGGCCGCUCAAGUGUCCCUACUGUCCGGCCCGGUUCGCUCGCGAAGCCUGCCGGAUAAGCCACGUGCGGACGCACACCGGCAAGAAGGACUUUCCCUGUCCGCAGUGUGAUAAGCGGUUCCCGUGCAGCUCGGACCGUAACCGGCAUCUCAACUAUUUCCACAACAAGGAGCGCCCGUUUCCGUGCUUCUUCUGUCCGAACCGGUACCCGCGGAAGGACUACCGCAAGAAGCACAUGGAGAAUGUGCACGCGGCGGAACUGGCCGCCAAUCCGGUGCCGGCGAUCGAGCUAUCCGGAGGGAAUCGCUGGCCGAGCACGGCUCCGGUUGCCGUGCCAGCGGUACCGGCGGUAGAGCCAAGUACUGAAGAGAAAUAAAGUGGUUGAUGGUGA